AUGUACUCUCCGCUCUGGCACUUGCUGUGGUCACUGGCCGUGAGCCUAUCUCUGGAUGUAGCACAAUCCAUUCCUGCAGCCCAGGAUCCUCGAACCGACCCUUUCUACCAACCUCCACCUGGAUUCGAGAGAGCCCCCCCCGGCACAAUCUUUCGCAAGCGCCUCGUCACUACUUCCUUCUUCGGUUUGGUCCCAGAUCCCGUCGAAGCACAUCAGCUCCUCUACCGUACCACGGCCAUCAACGGAUCAGCCAUCGCGUCGAUCACCACGGUAUUCAAGCCUCUGCAUGCGAUAACAGACCGUUAUGUUUCUUUUCAUACUGCUUAUGACAGUGCGUCUGUAACCUGUGACCCAAGUUACCAGUACCAACUUGGCGUCCCUCAGACUGACCUGAUAUCCACGUUCGAGUUCCUCUUCCUCCAGCGCCACCUUUUACAUGGCUAUAUCGUUGCCUCUCCGGAUCAUGAAGGGCCAGAUGCGGCCCUCGGCUCAGGCCGAUUAGCAGGAAUGACGGUGCUGGAUGGGAUGCGUGCUGUCAACAACUUUAACGAGACUCUCGGAUUCUCGACUUCCCGCCCUAUGAUCGCCGCAACAGGAUACUCUGGCGGGGCCAUUGCAACUGGUUGGGCAGCAUCUCUCCAUUACGUCUAUGCGCCCGAGUUAAACGUCAAAGGCUGGGCCAUGGGUGGCACACCUGCCAAUCUGACCGGGACAUUCUACUAUCUUGAUGGAAAGUUGUAUAGCGGCUUCAUCCCAGCGGCCGUAAAUGGGCUGUCCAAGCCGAGCGCAUACGGCACACAGUUGCUACCUAUCAUAGAUAGAAUCGUCACUGAGAAAGGCCGAGCACUCUUGGACUACGCAAACUCGCAUUGCGUUCCCGCAGACCUUGCCAAUUGGCCAAACCAGUCGAUGCUAUCCCCAGAUAUCCAAACCCUCGGGCCCACUCUGCUCCUCGAACCAACGAUUCACUCCGUUCUACUCGAGAAUCUUCUCGGUGGGAGGCCAGAAGAGGCACCAAUGGCUCCUGUGCUGGUUUACCACAGCGUAGAAGACGAGAUCAUCCCGUAUCAUGACAUUCCAUUAAUGGUCGACUCAUGGUGCAGCGCAGGAGCUACCGUACAAUUCAGAACUUACGUGACUGGUGGCCACGCCAGGACACUGCUCGGCAGCCUGACUGAUUCCGCGGGGUAUAUUGAUGAUGCAUUUGCCGGCACGCUUGAGCACGGAUGUUCGUGGCAAUUUAGAACAAUCAGCCCGCAUCCUGUGAUUGGGAAAGUAGACCAUGAACAUAUAUUCUCUCAGCUCUCCGAGAACUUGAAUCAGUUGUUCUGGGCUGAGGCGGUUUGA